GGAGCCCGCCCCCGACGGCCCGAGGCUCUUCCUCCUCGGCUUCUCGGCGGUUGAAGCCGCACCGCCCGCACGCGGCACGCCCACGCUGGCACGCCGCGCUGGACGCCCUAGAGCACUGCCUCGACCCCUAGUUUUGGCUAGGUAGCAAUGGCGAAACAGCAGACGGCGCAGUCUUCUUUUAAAAGCAAGUUUUUAUUCUAGCAUUGGUGGAAAAUGUGAAUCAAAGGCAUAAUAAUUUCUCUCUCGAUUGUUUCCUUUUUACGCACUGGAAGUUUCCCCAGUUAGUAUGCAGUCUGGUUCAAAGUUCGUUAAGAUUAUAGUGCCGGCUAGGAGGCUAUCAGGAUCUAUCAGUGGUACAACUGUGGGUUCUAGUAAGAAGGUAUGCGAUGCUGGAAUGUUUGCUCUGCUGGCCCAAAGCUGUGCAGAUGUUCAGUCUCUAAAGAAGCUGCAUGCACGUGUUUUGGCACACGGACUUGGCAGGGAUGUGAUCCUUGGAUCUAAGAUUCUUGGCUUGUAUGCACAUUUAGGAGCCUUGCCCGAUUCAAGGCUUGUUUUUCGGAGUAUUGUAAAUGGCGAUCUUGCCCUAUGGAAUUCUGUCAUGGUUGAUUAUUUCAGAGCUGGUUACCUUGAGGAAGUUAUUCUAUUGUACAGGAGAUUGAAGUUGCAUCAGUUUGGUUUGAAUGAAAAAACUAUUACCUUCGGUUUGAAGAGCUGCACUGAGCUCAGGAAUUUGUUUUUGGGCAAAGGAUUGCAUGUAGACUCACUGAAGCUUGGCCUGAGUGGGGAUAAAUUUGUCGGUUCCUCGCUGAUUGGGUUGUACUCCAAGCUUGGCAAAAUUGAUGCUUCACAGAGAGUGUUUGAAGAGAUCUUUGACAAGGAUAUUGUUACUUACACUUCAAUGAUCUCUGGUUAUUCUGCUGUUGUGGAUUCGUCUGCUAGGAAUGCAUUCGAAAUUGCCAGUCAAAUGAUAAGGAAUAACUUGGAAGUAAACCGUGUGACACUGGUAAGCUUAUUGCAAGUUGCUGGGAAUUUGGAAGCCUUCCGACUGGGUAAAUCAAUGCACUGCUAUGCAAUAAGGAGAGGAAUUGGCGUCUCAGAUGAAGUCCUAGAGACAAGCCUUGUUGACAUGUAUACUCGAUGUGGAGCUUAUCAAAUAGCAUAUGCUCUUUUGAACAAUUCGAAAGGAAAUGUGGCUUCGUGGAAUGCUGUGCUUUCUGGUCUUACUAGAACUCAAGGGAGUAGGGAUGCAAUCCAGUAUUUUUCUGUAAUGCUGCAUCAUCAUAAAGUAACUCCAGAUUCAGUAACCUUUGCAAAUGUGCUUUCUGCUUGUGCUGAAUUAUGCUACUGUGGCUAUGCUGCUAGUAUUCAUGCCUACUUAAUCAGAAGAACUAUAGCCCUGGAUCUUGUUUUGGCCACUGCUCUUAUCGAGGUGUACUGUAAGUGCAAAAGAGUUGUGAGAUCCAGCCAUCUCUUUGAUCAACUGAUGGUUAAAGAUGCAGUCUCCUAUAACGUGAUGAUGCAUGGUUAUCUGCAAAACGGCCUGCCAGAUGAAGCCACCACAUUGCUCUAUCACAUGAUGAAAGAAUGUAUCGCACCAAGUUCUGCAACUGUUGUUUGCCUGCUUGCAGCUUUUGCUGAUCAAAGGGAUUUAGUAAGGGGAAGGUGGAUUCACGGAUUUGCAAUUAGACAUGGCUUUUCUUCAGAUGUGGACAUUGCAAAUCAAAUUCUGCAUAUGUAUUCAAUUUGUAGAGAAAUAGUUGCAGCAAAGAUUGUAUUUGACUCAUUGGAAAAGAAAAACUUGGUUUCAUGGACAGCCAUGAUGAAGGGGUGCUUAUCUUUUGGGCGCGCAGAUGAGGUUGUUCGACUAUGUCAAUUAAUGCAGCAACAUGGGGAGAAGCCCGAUUCCAUCACUCUUAUGUAUGCUGUUCAGGCUGUUUCUGAGCUUGGACAUCUGAAGGGUGUAAAAGAAAUCCAUUGCUUUGUUUACCAUGCCUUCAUGGAGAAAGAUACGAUUACUGCGAAUUCUUUGAUAACUGCAUACGCUAAAUGUGGAAGGCUGGAUUUGUCAGAAGCUCUUUUCUAUGGUUUGGAACACAAAAAUUUGGAUUCGUGGAAUGCGGUCAUAAGUGCUUAUGGGAUACAUGGAUUUUAUAUUAAGGUUCUUGAAAUGUUUCAGCAAAUGGAAGAGGAAAAAAUCAAACCUGAUGAGUUAACAUUCACUUCUGUGCUUUCUGCCUGCAGUCAUGCUGGUCUUGUUAAGGAGGGUUGGUGUAUUUUUCAGUCAAUGAUUUCACUGUAUUCAGUUCAUCCACAAGAUGAGCACUAUGGUUGCAUAGUUGAUUUAUUGGGUCGGGCAGGACAUUUAGAAGAAGGAUACGAGUUUAUAAAGCUAUUGUCCAUGACUGAUAAAUCCAGCAUGUAUUGUGCUCUCCUCUCUGCUUGCAGAACAUAUGGAAAUAUACUGCUUGGACAUAUCAUAAGCAAAGAGCUCCUUGAGCACGGACCACAGGAUCCAGGUACUUAUGCUUUGAUUUCAGAAGUGUAUGCACAGGAAGGGCAGUGGAAUGAAUCUGCUAAUUUAAGGGCUAGCACUAAUGGAAGUGAUUCGAAGAAACUUCCUGGAUCUAGUUUGAUGGAAUCAGUGUAGGAACUAGAAAGUAGGGAGAGGGUGUUUUGGAGCCCAAGCACAAAAGCUUAUAGAGGACCCUGGAGGAAGACGGAGUUCUUGCUGGAUCCUGUUGACAGGUUCCCUCUCCUUGAAGCGACAGGACAUAGUGAGCCCCUAUCGAUCUAUGCGAUACAGUCAUCGCCAGCGUUGUCGGUGGAGCCGUAGCAGAGCCUUCAUCGGUAGGACUAUUGCAGAUGAUGGGAGCGAUCCGCGAACAGCCAGCGAGAUUGGAAGGGAGCUCUGAUGGUUCGCCGCAUAAAUGGCAGAAUCCACUCUCAAAAUUUCCUGGUUGGACAACGAGAAUUAGAGUUGGGUCGGCUCUGCCAGACAGGACUCCUUGUCCGAGCAUAGGUACCCUGGAGAAAUCUACAAGGGGGUUCACAGAGAACCUAACAGAAAACUUUAUCAGACCUGCUCUUGGCACCAGCUCCGAUUUCUUGAGCAAGGCUUGCGACUUUUACAAUCUUUUACAGGAAAAGCGGGCUGAAUGUCACAGAUGACAAAAUGCAUGCAGGAAAUAGAGUGUGGCUGUGCGGGGAAGCCCUAGAACACACGCUCACGCCGAUGCGAGUGCCCAGCCAUGAUCAGAUUGCUGUGCAGAACAUGAUAAUAUUUGUUAUUUUGGUAUUUAUAAUGUGAGUUGUCAGAGAAAUUUUCGUUUCUGUGUGGCUCGGUGGUGUACGUACAUUCAAGCUACUGAUCACACGCUCUCAAAUUGUAAACAUGUUACAUGAUGGUAUUUGUUAUUUCAAUGACUCAUUCGUUUUCCAA